AUGUUUACUCCAGAAAUGAUGCAGGCCGCUCAAAACAUGAUGGCCAACAUGACUCCUGAGCAGAUGGCCCAAAUGACGGAGAUGGCCAAGAACAUGGACCCGAAUAUGAUGCGGAAUAUGAUGGGAGGACAGGGCAUGCCCCCAGGUGGGGUCUCUAGGGAACAGAUGGAUCAGGUAGGGAUCAGUGAUAGUGGGGGUCUGGAUAACGUGAAAUCAUACAGCACUCCCACCGUCUUGGCCCUACAGAAGGCCCUUUGCUCUAAUGCUGCCCUUUGCUGUCUCAAGCUGGAGAAGUACGACGAGUGUCGCGAGUACUGUGACCAAGUGUUGCAGCAGGACCCUAAGGCAGUGAAGGCUCUAUACAGGCGAGGGGUGGCCUAUCGAGAACUGAAGGAGAUCGAUAAGGCUUAUCUCGACCUAUCGAUAGCGGCUCGGUUGUCACCGAAUGACGAGGUGUUAGUCUCCGACUUCGAGGCCUUCAAGGAGAGUCUCCCCGACGACUAUGUAGUACCAACAGAGGAGGAGCCAGUCGUCAAUGAACGAGAGGUCUCUGCUAAGCUUGCCUCGGACCCAGAGAUGGUAAUGAAGAUGCAGAAAGUGAUGAAGGACAUGACGCCUGAAGAAAUGAACGAGUUGCGCAACGUGCAGCUGACUGGAAGCGCCCCUGGCAAUUCUGCGGCAGCCCGUAAGUUCGCGGAAAAGCUUCGUAGUGAAGACCCUGAGUUCGUGGAAAGGAUGAAGGACGUGGUGGGGUCCCUACCGCAGGAGCAGAUCGACCAGCUGAGGAAGACCGCGGCCUCUGGUACUGCUCCUGCAACCACAGCAGCAUCUAGCAGCUCUACGGCUCCCCGAAUGCCUCCUACGGGGUCGGCGGGACUGGCCGAGGCCACUCGAAUGAUGAAGGAGAAUCCUGAUGUUAUGAAUCAAAUGAGUGAUAUGAUGGCUGGCAUGUCCGAUGAGCAGUUCGAUAGUAUGCUGAAGAUGUCGGGGAUGGGGGCUAGCAGUCAGGAUGCUGCUGCCAUGAGGGACAUGAUGCGGAAUAAGGAUAUGAUGAAGGCCAUGGGGGAUAUGAUGAAGAAUAUGUCACCUGAGCAGAUGAAUGCCAUGUCCCAGGCCUCUGCCCAAACGACAGCACCAGUGAGCAAUGCUGCAGGGAGUGAGGGCAGCACGGCGGCGGAGGUCCCUAAAAUGCCGGACCAUCCUGGGGAUAUUUUUAAGGACCCCCGGAUGUUGAAGUCGAUGGAAGCUAUGAUUAGCUCGAUGCCUGAUGAUGUUUUGGAGAACCUCAUAGCACAACAGGCUGCAGGUUCCCAGGCUGCGGGUCCGGACGGCAAGGCGGCACUACCGAGAUGGCUCAGUGGUCGAGUCAUAAAGUUUUUCCUCAGGAUUAUCAUGAAGUUUGCGCGUUUGGUCAUAUUCAUUCGAAACCUUUUUGCGGCCAUGUUCUCGAGGAGGGGCAAAUACAUAAUCGCUUUGUUGGUGUUGAUCUUUGCUAUCUACCAACAGUACUUCACUGCUGUAGAGGAUGCCUCCGAGUGA